AUGUUUCCCAAAUUUUUGCUUUUCUCAGCAUUAAUUUUAUACUCUAGUAGUAUUGUUUUUGGAAAAUCUUUGACUUAUGAUAAGAAAAAACUGAUAAAACGGUCUCUGAGUAGUUUACCUACUGUUUAUAAAUUGGAUAAGUUUUAUUGUGGGACUGAUGGAUUGGUUUCUUAUCUUGCUGAAAGUAAAGUUAAAUAUUCUUGUCCCUCAAAAUAUGAUGAGGCAAAUAUGUGUUGUUAUGAACAUGAUUAUUGUUAUUCUCAACAAAAGGGCCAAGAAAUAUGUGAUGAAAUAUUUUGUGAUUGUUUAGUUCAAAAUGUAGCUGGUAAUGGAACUGAUAAAGGUUGUGUUGGAACAUCAAAUUAUUUUUGUGAAACAGUUAAAGAUUUUGGAUCUGAUGCAUAUCUUGCUUCUGCAACAGUAGUUCCACCUAAAAUAGAUGACAAUGUAAAAAGCAGUAUUGAGAGUCAUACAAGUGGGUACAAAGAUAUCUCAUCAAAUAGUGAAUUGGUAACAUCUACUAUACCAACCGUCAUAUCUAAAUUUUUACUUCACUUUAAUGAGUGUAGAGAUUGGAAUGGGAUUACAUUGGAGUAUUGUACAAUCAAAUUUGAUGAAUGUCAGCUAGGUGAUAUAAAUGAUAUAAAUUUAUGUAAUGUAAACUUCUGUGACUGCCUUUCAAAUCAUGUUACAAAAGAUGAAUUGGAAAAUGUUAAUCCAGCAUGUAAAAACAGGCUAGUUGAUUUUUGCCCCGAUACUUCUGUUCUUUUAUCAUUUGACUUGGAUUCAAAUUCAUUUAAAUUUAAAGAUACUAUAUGGAAUUUGUUCUCGACUUAUUCUAGUUUUGUUUACUUGGGUCUAUUAUUUAUGAUUAUAUUCAUUUAUAUUUAUGUGAAAGGAAACCUUCACUCGUAUCCAUUAAAAAAUAAACAGGCUCCAAGUAGAAUGUUUUAA